AUGGCUUCCUCCUUACCUUCCACUUCACCUUCUGCCGCUACUGUUAAACCUGUAACUCUAGCUUCCACCACCAAGUCCCCACGCUUUUCUCACUCCUCCAUCUCUUUCCCUCUUCUCUCUCCUAAUUCCAACAACACCCUCCGCUUCUUCAACAAGGGAUUAUGCUCCAGGGUUAAGGCCCAGUUAAAUCAGGUUUCCCUUGACGGUUCUUCCAAUGAUGUGCCUCCUGUUGAAGCUAAUUCAGAUGUGGAACCACCGACCGCAUCUUCGAUUGAACCAUCUUCUUCAGUCCUGGCAGAUGAAGAAUCAAUCAAUCAGUUUUUUACUCAAGUUGCAAGUCUUGUUAAGCUUGUUGAUUCAAGAGACAUUGUAGAGUUGAAGCUGAAGCAGCUAAACUGUGAAGUAACAAUCAGGAAAAAAGAGGCUUUGCCUCAACCAGAAUAUGCUCCUCCGUCUUCAGUGGCGUAUUCACCACAAUUGCAAGCGGCACCCCCUGUUGCGCCGUCGAAUACUCAGGCUCCUCCUCCUUCGCCGUCAACUUCUCUCGUUGCUGUCAAGUCAUCUAAGUCAUCACGUCCGCCUCUUAAAAGCCCCAUGGCGGGGACAUUCUACCGAUGUCCUGCACCGGGUGAACCUCCAUUUGUGAAGGUUGGAGACGAAGUAAAGAAGGGCCAAGUCUUGUGCAUCAUUGAGGCAAUGAAAUUGAUGAAUGAAGUAGAAGCUGAUCAGUCAGGAACUAUAGUUGAAAUUGUCGCGAAAGAUGCCCAGCCAGUAAGCGUUGGUUCUCCCCUAUUUGUGAUUGAACCGUAG